UGUGUGUGUGUGUGUGUGUGUGCGUGUGUGUGUGUGUGUCUCUGUGCUGCUGAAAGACGCGCAUUUGCAGAGUGCAAGAUGGCGACUGUUCAGUGGCUGCCGAGGACCCACCGGAGCUGAUAACCGUGGACGAGCGGACCUUUAACACGCCACCACGGAGGAGCACGUCUUUAAAGGCAGACCCGUCGACGCUCCGACGAUAACAAUUAUGUCCCAUACAACUGACCAUGAUGAUGGUUGUUUCGUUGCCAUGGAUACAGAAGACAAUGCUGCAGAUCCUGCUGGAAUAACACAGGUGGCUGAAGCAAAGAUGGGGUCCUAUGGAGAAGGAGAAGGCAACAUGGACACUUGUGCCAAAGUUGGAGGGAGAACCAUGGUAGAGCUGCCAGAAGAAGUUCUGGAGUACAUUCUGUCUUUUCUGUCACCUUACCAGGAGCACAAGACAGCUGCGCUUGUAUGCAAGCAGUGGUAUCGCCUCAUUAAAGGUGUUGCUUAUCAGUGCUACCAUGGCUUCUUGAGAGCCGUCCAGGAGGGAAACAUCCAAUGGGAAAGUCGGACUUAUCCAUAUCCUGGAACUCCCAUUACUCAGCGCUUUUCACACAGUGCUUGUUAUUAUGACUCCAACCAAUCCAUGUACGUGUUCGGAGGAUGCACCCAAAGUAGCUGCAAUGCUGCCUUUAACGAUUUAUGGAGAUUAGACCUGAACAGCAAAGAGUGGAUUCGCCCUCUAGCUUCAGGUAUGACUACUUCAGGUUCUUAUCCCUCCCCCAAAGCUGGAGCAACUCUUGUGAUGCACAAAGAUCUGUUGGUGCUGUUUGGAGGCUGGACCCGCCCCAGUCCUUACCCACUGCACCAACCGGAGAGAUUUUUUGAUGAAAUCCACACCUACUCUCCAUCUAAGAACUGCUGCCCUAGGUGGAACUGCAUAGUAACCACACACGGCCCGCCACCCAUGGCAGGCCACUCUUCAUCGGUCAUUGGAAACGUCAUGGUGGUCUUUGGAGGCUCUUUGGUGGCACGGCAAAUGAGUAAUGACGUCUGGAUCUUGGACCUGGAACAGUGGUCCUGGUCCAAACCAGCUAUAUCUGGCCCAUCCCCACACCCGAGAGGUGGCCAGUCACAAAUUGUGAUUGAUGAUCAGACGUUACUCAUCUUGGGAGGGUGUGGAGGCCCGAAUGCUCUUCUCAAAGAUGCCUGGCUGCUUCACAUGGACGCACCUGCAUGGAGAUGGCAGCAGCUCCAGGUGGAAAACGAGGAUCAUGGAGCACCAGAACUUUGGUGUCACCCUGCUUGUAGAGUGGGCCAGUGUGUGGUGGUCUUCUCACAGGCUCCAUCUGGCCGCGCCCCACUCAGCCCAAGUCUUAACUCCCGGCCCUCGCCCAUAAGUGCCAUACCCGCCCCACUGGGCCCGGAACCGCCUUCUUUGCGAUCACAUUCUCCCGUCCGCAGCGGAGCGGCCGGUGUGGUUCUGGGAGCUCUGGAAGAGGCUCCCUGUGUUAACGGGCGAUGGGGCACCUUGAGACCCCGACCUACGGGCAGAGUUGGCGCCAGAGACGGCAGCCCGUCCUCUUCCCAACAGCAGUCCCCUUCACAAUGCCCUGACAGCCAUCCUCUCGCGCCGCACCCGCCCUUACUGAACGGCUCCUCCCCUUCACCGCGGACCAGUCCGGCGCAGGCUGCAUCGCCACCCCUUCGCCCCCACCCACCCACCUCCACAGACUAUGGCUGGGAGUCCGCACCUUCAGCCGCUCACCUCCCUGAAGUGCCCAGCACUAACGGCGUCCACACACCUCCCAUGGGGUCGCCACGCACCCCGCCGGGGGCAGUGUCCCCCGCUGCCUUACGACGAGGCCUGGAGGCAGUCAAAAGCACAUCUUCCUCGUCUUUACCAUCUUCAUUAUCAUUGCCUUCCCUUCAAACGCAGGGAGCGUCUCCCGGUGGAGGAAGCGUGGGUGCUGGAGCGGGGCCCCCUGCCAUCCCGCCGUCCUCCAGCCCACCACAGGCCGCAGGAGCAGACGGACACGCCAUUCCUCCGAUUGCGCGGCGCCUCGGCCACCAUCCCCCUCAGAGUCUUAACGUAGGUAAACCUCUGUAUCAGUCGCUGAAUUGCAAGCCGAUGCAGAUGUACGUGUUGGAUGUGUCCCGCGCCAAAACCACCGGCACCGUGUCUUGGAGAGUUUAUGGAAACGGGACUCCUGCCGCUGUUCCGGGCCCACCGGAGACCAGCCUCCACACUGUGGUGCAGGGCAGAGGAGAGCUUAUUAUAUUCGGGGGUCUAAUGGACAAAAAACAGAACGUGAAGUACUACCCUAAAACUAACGCCUUGUACUUUGUGCGUGCAAAAAGGUAAUGGAGUCGGCAGGAUUGGGCCUCAGCCUGUGACCAAACAAGGGAAUUGACACACUCUGCUUUUUUCUCAUAGGAAGGAUUUAUGGGGAAUCUUUGUUAGAUGUUCCACUUCACAACAUCCCCACCACUAAUGGCUUCUGCAAAAUACAACAUAUUUGCCACAUUUUGAUAUACGGGAAAAAAAAAAUUCACCGAGAGGACAUGGUUCUAAUCACAUCUACAGGUGUUUUUUCUGCUGCUUCUGUCAUUCUCUUAUAGACUCAAACAAUCGACGCUGUUGACAAACAAUUCAAACUACCUUGCUUUUGGUAUCACUCUUAAAGCCUGCAAUGUUUACAUCAAAAACUGUGUGAGAAUAAAGUGUGCGUGUGUGUGUGCGCGUGCGAGUGAGAGUAUGUGUGUUAAUGCACAGUCGCGGUUAAAAGUUGUGAGGGAUGUGGCACUAUAAACAUGGUAAAACAAUAAAAGUCCUCCAUGUC